AUGGGUAUUGUGCGGAUAUGGGUUAUAGGUGUUGGGGCUCUGCGUGCACGCAGGAUAGGUGGGAUAAUGGUAUGUAGGCGGAGCCAUCACGGAUGCGAUUCUUCCGGAAGACUGUCGGUUCGUCAAUGUUGGCUGGAUCUGGGGAUAGCGAGGACCACUUCCUCAUUGCAAUGAUCGGAACCAAGGGGAUUUCGGAAACCAUAUACUUGAACGAUACCGAUGAGCAAAACAUUUCUCCCUUCACAGCCAUCACCAAAUCCCUUUCCUCCGCUGCCGCCGGCUGUUGGCGUCAUGAUAUUAUCGUAUGUGUGUGUGCACCCGAUUGGCCGUUCCAAUAAAUACCCGAGACGCAGUAGCGCAGAGCAUCGCCUCGAGGAGGCUCAAGCGUCAGGUCUACCAGCACUACCGUAUGCGAGUGCGUUACUCGUGCGUCCAGCCCCUUGGGCUGAGUUGUGAUACUUUACGAGAACGAGCCCUGACUUCUUGGCAGCCUUCCUCGUCCCUUUCCCCAGCGAUAAAUAGGUGAAAAGGACCCAACACCCACAGCCUCGACCGCAACCGCCAACACAACUCCCUUUCACCCUCCCUCGCUGCCCAAUUCGCAAUCCGGAAAAAUGGCCGAGGAAAAUGUUGACUUUGAAGCGACCCAGCAACACUUGGGCGACCUGGCCGCUCUCGAGAAGGAAUUCGACGCGCUGGAAGUGCAAACCCGUAAUCCCCCCUUCCUUUCCUUUCCCCCUUUCCCCCAUCCCCAGCAACUCCGGGAGGCAAAGCACUCAGCUAACCUCCGCGAAAAAAUGGGAGAAUAACAGUGCGCGUGACAUACAAUAGCCAUCUACCCCUCUUCCAAAAGCGCGAUGCCAUAACCUCUCAAAUCAAAGGCUUCUGGCCAUUGGUCAUCGAGCAGACCUCCUCAAUGCUCAAUUUCGACGAGUUCAUCACGCCCGAGGACGGUCACCUCCUCCGCUCCCUACGCUCCAUGACUCUCACCCGUCCAGAUGUCGACAACGAGCCGCGCACCAUCCGCCUUAGCUUCACCUUCGAAGAGAAUGCCUUUUUCGAGGACACUGUUCUGGCCAAGACUUUUGUCUUCGGAAAGCAUGGGCAGAUGAGCAGUGUUCCUGUCGGUAUCAAGUGGAAGGAUGGGAAAGAUCUGACUGAGGGGGUUAGCGCUGCGGCAGUCCAAGCCUGGGAGGAGCGCAAGAGUGGGAGGAGGGAUGGUGAGGGCACGAAGAAACUUGAGGAGUUGAUGAAGAAGGGGCCAUCCAGCUUCUUCAAUUGGUUCGAAUGGACGGGGAAGCAUGCCAGCCUUGGGGAAGUCAAGGAUGAAGCGACCGAUGAGGACGAGGAUGAAGAGGACAACGUUGGAAUUGUACAAACCUUCCCGAACGGCGACGAACUGGCCAUCCAACUUGGCGAGGACAUUUAUCCCAACGCUCCCAAGUAUUUCAGUGGGUGAUUCCCAUUCCCCGGGAAAUCCUAGUUGGCUAACACAAACGCACAAACAGGUCAAACGUUCGAAGAGGAUGAUGACGACGAUGAAGCCGAGGUAGACAUCGAGUCGGAUUCCGACAUCGAGAACGGCGCGAUCCUAGAUGUCGAUGUCGACCGCCAGGGGCAGAAGCGCAAUGGCGUUGAGGACGACGGCCCUUCCACCAAGAAGGUGAAGAAAUAAGGCUUUGCCCCGCUCUACGGGUGUCUCGAUGUGCUACGAUAGGGGGAAAAGGCUUUCAUUAUUUAUCUGUUUUCUUUACGAGAAAUUUUAUCCGGUAUUUGUAUGAUAUCACUCGGACGGAAUAUAUGGGUUGCUGUCUUGGGGAGUUGUGAUGGUCUUACGGUUGAGGGUGAAUGAUGGCGCGAUUGGGCGAAUCCGGGGCGAAGCGGUUCGGUCCUUCGGUGCGUAGAAAUGGGAAAGACUAGACUUUGAUAAUU